AUGUUCCUCCACUCGGGCGCGAGCCUUCACGGGCACGAGUACUCGUCCCGAACCCCCCCAAACGCCGCGCAGUCUCCCGCACACCUUCGAGGGCCGCUCCUCCGGUCCGCUUUCUCACCGCCAAAACAGCGCUCGCGAGUUGCCGCGGACGGCACGCGGUCGCCCGUCCUCCGACAACGCCCCGCGUCCGACUACAUUCCCCGCGAGUCCUCCGCUGUCGUGCGCUUCCAGGAACCGCAAGACAACGAUGACAGCUUGCCACCGACCCCCUCCGUAAACGACGAGCCCGCUUCCGAGUCCGAACUUAGUGAUGUGACUUCUCUUGACGGUGCUGCAUUCGCCCCUUCACCCCGUCGUCGACGGACCCGUCGAGCAGCCCGCACCAGUACUACGUACUAUCUGGGGUACCCCGCGCCGAGGAUCAUUGGGAAGACAAAGGUCGUGCGGAAGGUCUUUUUGCCGAGGCUGCUUCUGCAGCUUCAGGAAGUCUCGGCUGAGGGGAGGUCCAAGCCGGUCCUCGAGGUCUUCCCAGCGUCGCGAAUUGCGGGGCCCGCCCGCUCGGCGAAGCGGUUCCCUGGCAUAUCAGAAGUCAAGCGUCACCUCGGGUUUGACGAUAUUGUACUGGUCAGGAGAGAUGAUGACGAUACGAGUGGAGAUGGCACGGAGAGUGACCAGGAGGACAGCAUGGAUUGGAGGAAUCCAGUGGCCGUUUACAGCCCGUUGAAACACUCGGAAGAGGCCGAGAUUGUGCUUGACGAUGGUUCCGUCUGGCUCGCCAAACUGCUCCCCAAUGGCUGUUUCGACUUUGUGUACACCGAUUCCGGUGGGGAAACCACAAAUGUGCGGUGGGCGCGCAGGAAUCCUACGCCGGCUACGACUCCGACCACCGACGCAUCCUCCUCCUCGGUCGCGAGCCAGGCGCGCUACACUUUCAGCAUCAUCAACCCCCUUACCCGCCGCCACCCGGUCAUGGCCACACUUACACCUUCGACUCUCGAGGUCCAAGACACAUACACUUCUGUUUCUACAUCUCACGCCCGACACCCACCGGUCACUCGCGCAAGCCGUUCCCAGUCUGUGACCUCAUCCCCAUCAUUCACACGCACACCGCCUUACUCCCCCUCCAACAUCUCCUCCGUCGGUUCCACUUCCACCAACGACAGCGAGAACGACUCCGGCGUAUGGAUCCCUUCCUCUCCAAGUUACGAAUCGCGGCGCACAACCCACCAGAUCGACGAAGCAACCAAAUCCCUGAUCUCGGUGACCGCCCUAUGGGUAUGUCUCCGGGCCGGCUGGUCUCAGAGCUAUAACUCGAUCCAUGCCACGGCUCACUCCGAGUCCACAGCCGCCUCCUCCUCAUCCGUAACCACCGCAAGCCACCGCGCCGGCCGCAGCCGUAGGAAUACCUGGACCACGCGCUCCUCAACCUCAGAUACCCCGCGCCCUACCGAUCGACCCCUCUCCGGCGGUGGGGACCCAUCCCGCGGAUUCGGAUGUGAUGCGGUGGUAAGCAAAGGGGUCUUCAAACGGCACUCCCUCCCCGCUCAAUCAGCCGAUACCUCGUCUGGCCUGAACAGCCACAAUACCUCGGCCGCUCCGACGCCGGUAAUAUCCCGCGCCUCGACACCGGUGCAAAACGCCCCGACUAUCAGUCCCGUUCCCGCGGGGACGGCCAAGUCCCCGCCUAGACGCGCAAUCUCCAGCACGGGCACGGCAUUUAUCCGCGGCCGAAGGCUGGGAUCCAGCUCGUUCUCUGCGAUGAACAGCGCUGGUGAGGAAGAGGGCGGCGAAGUGAUCGAUGAUAUCACCACCACUACAGCGCAGGAGACCGAAACCCCUGUUGUACAUGUACCACCAAAAAUCGCCGAAGCACCCAAGAGCACCAAGAAAGACAAAACCAAGCGGACUUCUAAGGAAAAGGAGGCAGGGGGUCUAUCAUUGGCCGGCCACGGGGGGGACAGUGGGAAAGCUGCUGCUGCUGCGAAGAAAAAACCGGGGAUGCGGUCCAGGUUGGCGAGGUGGUUCCAUAAGCUUGGACCGACGACGUCACGCUAG